UUCUGCUCAGUCUCUCGUCACGAGUCAAGCACGACAGUUGAGCGAGUGGGAGAGCUGGAGCAGCUGACUGACAGAAUUUCAUAAUAAAGCUAAAAACGCAAAGAAAAUAACAAAUAAGAAGAAUGAUUGCGCAAAGUAUAAUCACUAAACUACGUCCAUGCGUUGUGACGCGCCGCCUGGCCAGCAGUAAAGCGAGUGCAGCAAAAUUCAAUUGGCAAGAUCCAUUGAACUUGGAAAGUCAGCUAACGGAGGAGGAGGUGUCCAUUCGGGAUGCCUUCCGCAGCUAUUGCCAAGCGGAGCUUUUGCCGCGCGUUAAGCUGGCCAAUCGAUUGGAACAAUUCGAUAAGAAGAUCAUGGAAGAGAUUGGCAGUCUGGGCGUAUUGGGCUGCACCCUGCAGGGCUAUGGCUGCGCCGGCGUCUCCAGUGUUGCAUAUGGACUACUCACACGCGAAGUGGAACGCAUUGAUUCCGCCUAUCGUUCUGCGGUGAGCGUGCAAAGUUCUCUGGCCAUGGGCGCCAUAUAUGAUUAUGGUUCCGAUGAGCAGAAGCAAAAAUAUUUGCCCGGCCUGGCGCAAGGAAAGCUGAUUGGCGCGUUUGGUCUAACCGAACCGAAUCAUGGCAGCGAUCCAGCUGGCAUGGAAACCAAUGCCAAAUAUGACAGCAAGACCAAGACCUAUAUACUCAAUGGCUCAAAGACGUGGAUAACCAGUGCACCCAUAGCCGACGUCAUCAUUGUGUGGGCCAAGUGCGAGGAUAGCAAAUUGAGGGGCUUCAUUAUCGAUAGGCAACUGACGAGCAAGGGUCUGGACACGCCUAAGAUUGAAGGCAAAUUUUCGCUGCGUGCUUCACCCACGGGCAUGAUAUUGAUGGACGAUGUGCGUGUGCCAGAGGAGCUGCUGCUGCCCAACGCAUUAGGCUUUAGCGGCCCAUUCAACUGCCUCAACAAUGCGCGCUAUGGCAUCGCGUGGGGUGCGUUGGGUGCAGCGGAAACAUGUGUGGAAAUUGCCCGUCAAUAUACAUUGGAUCGCAAGCAAUUCGGACGACCCUUGGCCGCCAAUCAGCUGAUCCAAAAAAAGCUGGCCGAUGCGACGACAGAGAUAGCACUUGGCCUGCAAGCCUGCCUGCAUGUGGGCCGGCUCAAGGACAAAAAACUUCACACCCCUGAGAUGAUAUCGCUGCUGAAGCGCAAUAAUGCGGGGAAAGCAUUGGAGAUCGCACGCCAGAUGCGAGAUAUGUUGGGCGGAAAUGGCAUCAGCGACGAGUAUCAUGUGAUCAGGCACGUCAUGAAUCUGGAGUCAGUGAAUACCUAUGAGGGAACACACGAUAUUCAUGCUCUGAUCCUGGGACGUGCAAUCACCGGCUUAGCGGCGUUUGCCAAUUAGACUUAAAGGUAUUUCUGAUAUGUAAACGAAAUCG